AUGAAGACCAGAGUGGUCAAGGUCGAAAGGGCCCAGCUGGGGGCUUUCGAGAACCCACCGGGCCCAACACGCUUGGACAACUGGUCUGUGGAUGCGGUUCCUGAAAGCGAUCUUGCGGCCCUUGCCGAGGCCGCGCGGUGCCUCCGCGAGAAGGACACGCCUGUAGCUUUCCCGACGGAAACGGUGUAUGGGCUGGGAGCGGAUGCGCGAAGGAGCGCCGCGGUCAAGGGCAUCUAUGCUGCUAAAGGCCGGCCAUCGGACAACCCUCUCAUCGUGCACGUCUGCGACCUUCAGAUGCUGCGCAGCUUACUAACGCCCGGGGAUGGCAACGGCGACAGCGGCGGGGAAGAUCCCAUACCGGACAUCUACCGGCCGCUCAUUGAAAGGUUUUGGCCCGGCCCGCUGACGAUCCUGCUGCCUUCGCCCACGCCGUCUAAGCUGGCUCCGGAAGUCACGGCGGGCCUGGCGAACUUUGGGGCGCGGAUGCCUUCCUCUCCGCUGGCGUUGACGUUGAUCAAGCUGGCCGAUGCGCCGCUGGCUGCGCCCUCGGCAAACGCGUCUACCAAACCCUCACCUACGGCCGCGCAACACGUGCUGGAUGAUUUGGAUGGGAGAAUCGAACUGAUCCUGGACGGGGGCGCCUGCACGGUCGGUGUUGAGAGCACUGUGGUCGAUGGCCUAUGCGACCCUCCCGUCGUUCUUCGUCCCGGCGGCGUCAGUUUGCAAGAGCUCCGGGAGUGCCCGGGCUGGGAGAAGGUCGCCAAGGCGUACAAGGACCACAGCGAAGAGGGCAAGGCCGCGCCGAGAGCGCCGGGCAUGAAGUACAAGCACUACAGUCCGAAAGCCAAGGUUGUCCUGUACGAAGCAUCCUUUAGCCAAGGGUCGGACGGGGUGGUACCUGAGGAUAGGGAUGCCGUCCCGGCGGCGAAUGGCGCGAAUGGCGAUGUCAAUGGAAACGCUGCGAAGCGUAGGAAGAUUGGCGUCAUCCGUACCCAGCGGUGGGCCGAGGGAGCUGGAUUCAAGUGUGAGAACCUUGCCCCUUCGAAUGCUACGCAGGAUGCGGUCGACGGGGCCGCAGCCGAUUUGCCGUACGUGGUAGAGGAAGGGGACUUGAAGAAUGACGGUGGGGAGAAUAUUGGCCGGAUAUUAGACAUAAACUUGGGCAAGGAUAUUAGGAGAAUUGCACAGGGGCUUUUUUCUGCCCUGAGGGAGUUGGAUAGAAGAGGCGCCGACGUCAUAUUCGUUGACGGCAUCAAUGACGAGAUGGAUAUCGCCGGAGCCGUCAUGAAUAGACUCCGAAAAGCGGCUACGGAAAGCCGGGCAUAG